AUGGAUGAUUUGAUUCCAAAGGCAGAAAUUAGGGACAUUGAGAGGAAACUAAAAGAGGCGUAUCGUGAUGAGGAAAUUUAUUGGCAACAGAAAAGUAGAAAAUUCUGGCUAAGGGUGAUGGAUAAUAUUUUGGUAGCUCAGGAGAUGUUCCAUGGGCUAAUUACUAAUCGUCGGUGUAAUUCGGAGUUUUUGGCUUUCAAAACGGAUAUGAGUAAGGCAUAUGAUCGGCUUGAGCCACAGAGAGGAUUACGGCAAGGAGAUCCUCUGUCGCCUUAUCUAUUUAUACUUUGUACAGAGGUAUUGAUAGCUAAUAUCAAAAAGGCUGAAAGGGAGCAUAAAGUAACGGGUAUUUCCAUUGCCCGUAGUAGUCCUACUAUCUCGCAUCUGUUGUUCGCUGAUGAUAGUUUGUUCUUUUGUAAGGCAGAGGCUACGAAAUGUAGGACGGUAAUGGAUAUAAUAGGUAAUUAUGGUAGAGCCUCAGGUCAAGAAGUUAAUCUGGAAAAGUCAUCUAUCAUAUUUGGGAAGAAUGUCCCGGAGGAUAUACGAUCUCAGUUGAAAUCCGGUUCAAAAACUAAGGUUUUUAGUUAUGUCAAGGAUCAAUUGGAUGAUCGAGUAAAUGGCUGGUCUGCAAAGCAUUUAUCGAAAGGUGGUAAGGAAAUUAUGAUUAAAUCAGUGGCUUUGGCACUUCCAACACAUGUUAUGUCAUGUUAUAAAUUACCACAGGAGUUGACAUCUAAAUUAACGAGUGCUAUCUCCACUUUUUGGUGGAAAUUUAAUGAUAAGGCUCGAGGUUUGCACUGGGUUGCGUGGGACAAACUAUGCAAAGAUAAAAGUGAAGGGGGUUUGGGUUUCCGAGCUUUGGAACAAUUUAAUGACGCUAUGCUGGCCAAACAGUUUUGGCGAUUAAUUCACAAUCCGUCAUCUUUAAUGGCCCGGGUGAUGAGAGGACGGUAUUUCAGGAACAAACAUCCUCUUAUGGCAAAGAAACCGAAUAAUCCUUCUUUUGCCUGGCGGAGCAUUUUUUCAACUAAGGGAUUGGUGGAACAGGGUGCGCGAUGGGCUGUAGGUUCUGGUUGUUCCAUUUCGGUUUGGCGGGAUCCAUGGUUACCGGAUAUUCGUCCAAGAUCUGCAAAUGGUAGGGGGAGGUUUUUGCUCCCGAGUUUGAUGGUUAAUCAUUUAAUUAAUCCAGUUACAAAGGAUUGGCAUUUGCCUAUUCUAGAGGAGUUCUUUGAUCCGGUGGAUAUACCACUUAUUCGGAGUUUGCCGGUUAGUAAAACUUCUCAACCCGAUAGAUUGUUAUGGCAUUAUACUAAGUAA